AUGACACCACUUUCUACUGCCUCGCUGAGCCCCUUAAUCGAGGCGAGGCGAAAGAACCGUCUUCUCAGCGUAUCCCACAACAACGUCUCGCGCGUCCGGAUUAUGACAGCCGCCCCGACACGAGAGGUGGAGCUCGGCCGGGUGUUUGAGGUUCUGAAGACAGUUGAAAAGGCGUCUGGGCACGCCGUGUCGAAGAAGUACACGGGACCCCAGCUGCCGAAAGACUUCCUGAAUGUCAGCAGUCGGGCCAACUGUUCAGACAACUCCUCCCCGUCCUACGUGGACGGUGAUGGGCGUCUCUACGACACUUUCUACCGCCGCUGCGAGCAAAGCGAGGCUGGGCGGCUCGUACAGAGGCUAGCGCGUUUGCCCUUUCCCUCACCCGACGCAGAGGGGGCCUACAUCGACUUCAACAGCUACGAAGCAGCCGUGCUCGAGUGGAAGAAGCAAGUGACGACGGCGCUCGGGCAUUUGACCCUGCCCCAGUUGAUGGGCAGGGCGUACCCACGUCCCCGAGUGUUUAAAAUGGAAGAGGAGUUCGACGUGGAUGAUGAGAUGACCGACUUGGAUUCCUUGCCCUCCUUCAGCUUCGACGAAAAGAUCAGCUCCUCCCUGUCGAAGAGCGGCACCUUCGACAAAAAGCCAGGCCCGCAGCCCCCAGACAAGCCCGGUGCCCCGGAUGAAGACAUCGGACAGUUUGGAGGCUUUGAGCGACAGGGAAACAUAUGGGAUCUGCAGCUCAUUCCUCACGAACCAGUGCCUGAACUGUAUGCCACCCUGCCAGAGUUCGAAGCUGCCUACAAGCGCUGGGCUCAGGUGACUGCCGAGAUGAAGAAGGUUCGCCAGUUAAGCUACUCUGUAGCCAUGGCGGACGAAGACAGCGAGAAGCCCACGCUAAGAGUAAAUGUCAUCAAAGUCGAGAAUGCGACCGAGGACCCACUGUACAGCACCUUCAUCUACAACCCGCACCCGCCACCGGAACCACCAGAAACAACGGAGAAGAAAGCAGAAAAGACAGUGUCGCGCGACAAUUGGAUUCAGCUGCCGGAUUCCACCCGUAAGCAAGUCACCAAGCGGGUGGGCCACCUUGUACAGACCAGGUUGUCGAACCAACGCAAGUAUAAGGCUUAUAAUGCGCCCAUGUUGCCCAUUGUGCACGGGACUUUCGCAGCGCCCAAGAAGCAGUUCGAUGACUACUCCUUCUCUGGGCCCGUCAUCCCCCGGAUGAAGCGAGAGACAGAAAAAGUUUACGAGUUCAGGGCUUUGCGCCGCACGGACCUCUCACCAGAGGAACUGGCGUCAUGCAUGGAUUGCCCCGCAAUGGUCGGCGACAAGCCUGUCGGCUUCACCCUUCCCGUGGACGAAAUUGGCCCGAUCAACUUUCAGCGACUGAACACCGACUACUCCUACAAGGAGCAGUGGCUUAAACAGUUGCGCACGUUUCAGGCCCCCGUGAGGAAUCAGCACCUCUACUCCUGGUACUGGCCGAAAGUUGACGAAUCGGCGGGGGCCUCUCGUGAGCACUUGUUUGGCCUUCAUUCGGGCUCCAAAUAA